AUGAGGCUCUCUUCCCUGAUAUGGGGCCUGCUCCUCGGAGCUGUGGCCCACGUGGCGGCCCAAGAAGAGGAAGACGAGGAGAUACCGGCGGAUUACUCCCAGGAGUAUACUGAGUUCGACGGGAAGGUGGUGCCCCCGAUUCUGGAACUUACACCCGAUACCUUUGAAAAGGAAAUCAAAGCAUCAAAGCACAUGCUGGUCAAGCAUUACAGCCCAUACUGCCCUCACUGCCAGGACUUCGCGCCCAACUUUCGCACGUUGUACGAAUUCUACUACACCGAAGAGAUGUCAGAUCCGUCGACAACAUUUACAGAAUACUACGAUUGGCGCUGGAAGGGCGUCAAGAGCAUACAAUUUCUGUCCGACCAGAUUGAGCCUGUUCUCGAAAGCGCGAGGCCUGGGUCCAGGCCCACAAAGGUGCUGACGCCCAAGGCAUAUGAUAAGCAGCGUCCCAAGGCAGAGGGCGACUCGACAGCUUCCAUGCCCAAGCCCAAGUCCCCGGCAGGAGAAGUCGAGCUGAGGGAGGCUGGCGCGCCCGCUGCGGGGGCCGCUGCUGCUGCGGCUCCAGCUGUCGAAGAACUGGCUGCACUCAAACCCGCGGAGCCCAAGGCCGAUGCCGUCAAAGCUGCACCGCCCGCCCCAGCAAAGGCCCAACCGGCGAAGCCAACCAAGACCCCGAACCCGAAUGGCGUAUCUGUCUCUCUCACCGCAGAAAGCUUCCAGACACUGGUGACCAUGACGCAGGAGCCGUGGUUCAUCAAAUUCUAUGCGCCUUGGUGUCAUCACUGUCAAGCUAUGGCCCCGAGCUGGGUUCAGCUCGCCAAGGAGAUGCAAGGCAAGCUCAAUGUCGGCGAGGUCAACUGCGAGGCCAACAAGCGCCUCUGCAAGGAUGCGCAUCUCCGUGGCUACCCUACAAUCUUGUUCUUCCGGGGUGGCGAGCGAGUCGAAUAUGACGGGCUCCGUGGGAUUGGCGACUUUGUGCACUACGCUGAAAGCGCUGUCGAAUUGUCUAACGGCGUGCAAGAGGUGGAUGCCGAGUCGCUCGAGGCUCUGGAGGCCAGAGAGGAGGUGAUCUUUAUAUACUUUUACGAUCACGCGACCACGAGCGAGGACUUUAUGGCUCUCGAGCGGCUGCCGUUGAGUCUCAUUGGGAAGGCCAAGCUGGUCAAGACCAAGGAUCCGAAGCUUUACGACCGGUAUAAGAUCACUACCUGGCCAAGACUUUUGGUCUCUCGUGAGGGCAGGCCGACCUACUACACCCCUCUCACGCCGAAUGAGAUGCGCGAUACACGCCAGGUCCUGACAUGGAUGAAGUCCGUCUGGCUGCCCAUCGUGCCGGAACUCACUGCCUCGAACGCCCGCGAGAUCAUGGACGGCAAGAUUGUGGUUCUCGGUAUCAUCAACAGACAGGAUCAAGAGUCAUUCUCGAGUGCCAUCAGGGAGAUGAAGAGCGCCGCCAGUGAAUGGAUGGACAAGCAGAUACAGCUGUUCCAGCUGGAGCGGCAGGAGCUGCGCGACGCCAAGCAGCUGCGGAUUGAGGAGGCCGAGGAUCGUGGCGACCAGAGGGCCCUCAGGGCAGCCAAGCUCAUCCAUGUGAAUAUGGAUCGUGCAGACCGCAAAGAAGUCGGGUUCGCCUGGGUCGACGGCGUUUUCUGGCAGAGGUGGAUCAAGACGACGUAUGGAAUCGACAUCAAGGAUGGCGAGAGGGUCAUUAUCAAUGAUGAGGAUAACCGCCGUUACUGGGACCAAACUAGCACCGGGAACUAUAUCAUCCCCUCGCGCACGUCGAUCCUGGAGACCAUCAACAAGGUUACGGCGCAGCCUCCCAAGAUCAAGCCCAAGCUGACCAUCUCAAGCUUCGAGAAGAUCUUCUUCGACAUGCGGGUGACCUUCUCGGAGCAUCCAUACCUCACCAUCGGCUGUGUCGCUGGCUUGCUACUAGGCUCUGCGUCAUGGUUCCGUGGGCGUUUCGGCAGGAGGAGAGGCAACAGACUCUUCCUGAACGACGAGUUCAAGGCACCACUCCUGGGCUCCAAUGCCAACGGAAAGACUGACUGAGGUAACGGAGCAAGGAAGAGAGAGAUGGAACUGACUGACGAAGGAUGAUAAGAAAGAUUCCUGACAGUUAUACGACCAGCAUGCGCAGGCAGCAGCAGAUUGGGUAGGCCAAAGAACGCUUUUGCACGACCGCGAACGUGAGAGCCACAUAUAUCUAUUUUAUAUGUUUGUAUAUUAAAGCGUCAUGCUCGCAUAUCUGAUACACACACAAAAAGGGGGGACAUAAAACUUGUGCCCAGUUCUCUUGGAGGUAUACGGGGGGGGGGGGGGGUGGUUCACAACUUGUUAGGAGGCCAGCAGCUCAACGAUUCACUCACCGCCAUCGAGGCCACGUCGGGAUGAACCGAGGAGGGAGGGGAAUUGGAAGGUUGGCUGGAUGAUGGACCACUCACUGGUGAUGGUGGUGGUGUGCGAAUAGCGACCGGCAGGAUACCCAAGUCGGGACGCUUUAGGGAGGAAGAGAACGGACAUGCAUACUAAUAUGAUUCUUGUUUUUGUUUCUUUGGUUCAAGACUUUAUC